AUGCCCGUGAGCGACUUAAUAUCAAAGUUGAAGUCAAAGGACGUUCUGCCCGGCCUGGAGCGUUUGUUCGCGCUGGCCGGCAUAAAAGACGUCUCGGGCGUGACGAUACUCGUCCCGGCGGACUUCACCAUCGCAGUCGCGGCUAAAUACUACCCCAAGCAUGACAACAGCACGCGCAAGUACAGACAGGAGAUAAACGACGCGCUCAAUCUUAUGCUGGAAGUCAGCAACUCAACGGCAGUGCCGCAGUGGACCUAUAAAAUGAGCUUCUCCCCUGCUGCCGCGGUAGUAUUGGCGGAUAUAUGGAAGUUCCAAAUCAUGAAAGAAUACAUUCCGCCCUCUGUCGCGUUGCUAAAGUACUCAUCUGGCGGACCAUGGGAGCUUCCCACUAUGCAGGGGCAGCCGCUAUGGAUGAGUUACACUGUGAUUCCAGGCUAUGAUUCCAGCACUGUUCACAUUCCCGAUCAACCCCGUUGGAAUAUUUCCGGCGCGUCUCCUCAGCAGCAGCCCAGCUCGCCUCUGCCAAAAUACAUGAACGAUGCGAUGGCCGAUGGGAGCCCGUUCGAAUACACGUUGGUGCAUGCUGGAAACAUGGCGCUGGAUGUUCCGGAAAGCGAGGUCGUGGUGUAUCAGUUUUCAUCAGUGCUUCUUCCUUAUAACAUGGAUGCUCUUGGCGCGAACGCUGGAGGCACUGCUGCUUCCCUCUUCCACCUGCUUGCCUCCGUUGGCCUUGCCCUCUCUGCCCUCAUGCUGCUGUGA